AUGAAUGUCCACAAAAUCCAGCCACUCCCACACGAAGUGGCUGCUAAAAUCAAAUCUUCGACGUCCAUUACGAAUUUGAAUGGCGUAAUUGUGGAACUGGUCAAGAACGCUAUAGAUGCAAAUGCCCAGACCGUUUUUGUUACCGUUGACUACCGACGGGGAGGGUGCGUUGUGGAAGACGAUGGGAAUGGAAUCAUCCCAGCUGAGUUCGAGAGUGACGGGGGCCUGGGAAAGGCUUAUCAUACCUCGAAAUUCAAUCCGGACUCCCCAGCUCAUGGCAGGAAGGGCUGUUUUCUGGCUUCACUAUCUGCGCUAGCGUUGUUGACCAUAACUUCCCAUCAUGUCCAACAUGCAAGCACAAACACUGUCAUGUUCCAUCACUCAGCAACUGUUGCACGGCUUAGCCCAGCACCAAAGCACCACGCUUUGAAGUUUAGUGACCAUGGAACGCGCGUCACAGUCAAUGACCUUUUUGGGAAUAUGCCCGUUCGAGUGAAGAACCGUGCAUUGACCCUGCAGAAGGCAGAUGAGUUGGACCGACAGUGGGACGAUUUGAAAAGUCUGCUGAUCUCGCUUGUCAUUUCGAAUAACACUAUUUCGAAACUGGUAAUCUCUGAUACGGACAAACAACGAAAACUAACAAUCCGCCCUCGUCGAGGCUCUCCAGCCGAUGGCGAACUGGACUUGAUACGAUUGAGCUCUAUUCUGUCUCAGACAGGCCUCGAUACAAGCAAUAUAACAGCAUGGCAUUCAGUGUCGGCCACAGUUCCGCAUCUAACGAUCCAGGCUGCACUCUCCCUAGUCCCUAGUCCCUCCAAGAAAGUCCAGUUCAUAUCCCUUGGGGCUGACCCUGUGCACCCGCAUAAUCAAACGAAUAUAUUAUACAGCGAGGUCAACCGCCUUUUUUCGAUGUCUGAUUUUGGAACGAUUGCACGAGUCCCGUUUGCAAGCAAUUCAUUAACUACCCAACCGGAUGUCCGCCACUCCGGUGCAACGACUAUCAACAAAUGGCCCAUGUUCUAUAUUCGUGUCGAAUCGGUGGACGGUACGAUGGCCAACAAUGACCAGGAACUCCCCGAGUCGGACAGGUCACUUCAGCGUAUUUUGGAUAUCCUAACACUGAUGAUAAACGAGUAUUUGAAAGCCCACAACAUGCGUCCACGGGGUGGAAAGAGACAAGAAGAACCUUCUGGGCAGCAGGUAGGGACUGCAGGACAGUCCCAGAAACGAAGUCUAAGGACUUCUACCACCGAGUUGUCAGGAAAAGAAAUGAAGCUCCCGUCAUUUUCCCGAUCAGGUGAUAGUGGACAUUUUGGAAAUUGGUCUCGGAUCAAAAGUGGCAAUAGCCACGCUCAUGGCCCAACCCGAGAGAAGUCAGUCGUGGUCUCAGCAGAUGAAGACAUGCAUCGACCGACAGACCAGACACGGAGUCUAAUUUUGGAACCUACGAUUGAUGAGAAAGGCUCAAAGAUAGCAGCGGCGAACAACGCCGUGGACAUUCAGGCCAAGGAGUGCGGUGACAAAGUGAUUCCGUGGGUUGAUCCCUACACCGGGAUAAGCCACUGGGUCAACUCGCGGACUGGCCAGUCCGUUAACGUUCGGCCGUCAGCUGCCUCGGUAUUGUCCCACCGACCCAAGUCAACGGGGUCGCUGAUGGCGACUCGGAUAUUGGAUAGCCAGAAGCGACCGGCAUCAGCUGUUCCCGGAACGCAGAAUAUGUGGUUGGAAAAUUUGUUGGGUAAUUGGAGAAACCCUGUUUUUGGCCGGCCUGAACGACCGAUAAACGCGUUGGAUACCGAACCAGAACACGACGCAAGUGCCAAAAAGUUGGCGCAUGAUUUCCACGAACGAUGCGGAUUGGAUGGCUUUGGGGCGUCAAAAUAUAGUGGAAAACUACGCAAACAAGACUUGAAGACAGCCAGAGUCAUUGGGCAAGUCGACCAGAAGUUUAUUCUGGUGGAAAUGAUAUCGCGGGACCAUGCAUCAACGCUUGUCCUAAUUGACCAGCACGCCGCCGAUGAGCGAUGUCGAAUCGAGAGACUAUCCAAGGAAUUAUUCGACAGCAACCUGGACGCUGUACAAAUGAUUGAAGUGGACCCGGUGACGAUUGACAUCCCCGCCACCGAGGCUGCUUUGUUUAGGCGGCAGGUGGAAUACUUCAAGUCGUGGGGAAUCGACUAUGCAGUUUCACAACAUCCACGAAGUGGAAAGGCGUCUAUUUCGGUAUCAACGCUUCCGACCUUGAUUGCAGAGCGAUGUCGGACAGAGCCAGAGCAGCUCAUCAACAUCAUCCGAGCCGAGACAUGGAAGCGGACAGAGAAUGGAAGAGCACAUUCCCAUGUACCAUUCACCGACCCUGUGCAUUCGGAGGACUGGGUUGGACGGUUAUCGGGGUGCCCACAGGGCAUCCUUAACCUGCUCAACUCUCGAGCCUGCAGAACUGCCAUUAUGUUCAACGAUGCUCUGACUCUUGGGGAAUGCAUGAACCUGGUGAAGCGGCUGGCGACUUGCGUCUUCCCUUUCCAGUGUGCUCAUGGCCGCCCAUCGAUGGUACCUCUGGUGGAUCUCCAUGACAGCGUUGCUCAUCAGUCAAACGGAGACGGAGGCCCGGGUGAGGAUGUCGGCUUCACCGCGGCCUUCAAACGGUGGCAGCAUGAUAAUCCGGCUAACCCGCGACGAGGUCAAGAGCAAUUAUGA